AUGGCCGAUGAAGGAGCCGUCGCCGUCGCCGUCUGCGUGCGGGUUCGGCCGCUCAACAGCAGAGAAGAGGCGCUUGGAAAAGAUACUCAAGUUUACUGGAAAACUGACAAUAAUAUAAUUUAUCAAGUUGAUGGGAGUAAAUCCUUCAAUUUUGAUCGUGUCUUUCAUAGUAAUGAAACUACUAAAAAUGUGUAUGAAGAAAUAGCAGUACCAAUCAUAGAUUCUGCCAUACAAGGCUACAAUGGUACUAUAUUUGCCUAUGGGCAGACUGCAUCAGGAAAAACAUAUACUAUGUUGGGGUCACAAGAUUACUUGGGAGUAAUACCCAGGGCAAUUCAUGACAUUUUCCAAAAAAUUAAGAAGUUUCCUGAUAGGGAAUUUCUUUUACGUGUGUCUUACAUGGAGAUAUACAAUGAAACCAUUACAGACUUACUCUGUGACACUGAAAAAAUGAAGCCUUUAAUAAUUCGGGAAGACUUCAAUAGGAAUGUGUAUGUGGCUGAUCUCACAGAAGAAGUUGUUUAUACAUCAGAAAUGGCUUUGAAGUGGAUCACAAAAGGAGAGAAGAACAGGCAUUAUGGAAUUACAAAAAUGAAUCAAAGAAGUAGUCGUUCUCAUACCAUUUUUAGGAUGAUUUUGGAAAGUAGAGAGAAAGGUGAACCUAAUUUUGAAGGAUCUGUCAAGGUGUCCCAUUUGAAUUUGGUUGAUCUUGCUGGCAGUGAAAGAGCUGCUCAAACAGGUGCUGAAGGUUUGCGACUCAAAGAAGGCUGUAAUAUAAAUCGAAGCUUAUUUAUUUUGGGACAAGUGAUCAAGAAACUUAGUGAUGGACAAGUUGGUGGUUUCAUAAAUUAUCGAGAUAGCAAAUUAACACGAAUUCUCCAGAAUUCCUUGGGAGGAAAUGCAAAAACACGUAUUAUCUGCACAAUUACUCCAGUGUCUUUUGAUGAAACUCUUACUACUCUCCAGUUUGCCAGCACUGCUAAACAUAUGAAGAAUACUCCUUACGUUAACGAGGUAUCAAAUGAUGAAGCUCUCCUGAAAAGAUACAGAAAAGAAAUAAUGGAUCUUAAAAAGCAAUUAGAGGAGGUUUCUUUAGAGACUCGAGCCCAGGCAAUGGAAAAAGACCAAAUGGCACAACUUUUGGAAGAAAAAGAUUUACUUCAAAAAGUGCAAAUUGAGAAAAUUCAAAACUUAACACGGAUGCUGGUGACCUCUUCUUCCCUCACAUCACAACAGGAAUUAAAGGCUAAAAAAAAACGAAGAGUUACUUGGUGCCUUGGCAAAAUUAACAAAAUGAAGGACUCAAACUAUGUAAAUGAAUUCAAUAUGCCAGUGAAUGUAACAACAAAAACACAUAAGGCUGCUGUAACUUUAGGAGAAAUUGAUGAAUCUGUCUGUUCAGAGUCUGAUAUUUUCAGUAACACUCUUGAUACAUUAACUGAGAUAGAGUGGAAUCCAGCAACAAAGCUACUAAGUCAGGAAAACUUAGAAAGUGAAUUGAGUUCACUUCGUGCAAACUAUGAUAAUCUGGUAUUAGACUAUGAACAACUAAGAAGAGAAAAUGAAGAAAUGGAAUUGAAAUUAAAAGAAAAGAAUGAUUUGGAUGAAUUUGAGGCUCUAGAAAGAAAAGCAGAGAAAGAUCAAGAGAUGCAACUAAUUCAUGAAAUUUCCAACUUAAAGAAUUUAGUUAAGCAUGCAGAAGUGUAUAAUCAAGAUCUUGAGGAUGUACUAAGUUCAAAAGUAGAGCUGCUUAGAGAAAAGGAAGACCAGAUUAAGAAGCUACAGAAAUACAUAGACUCUCAGAAGUCAGAAAGUAUGGAAAUGGACUUGCCAUACUCAUCGGAAAACACUGAAGACUUAAAACAAAUGAAACAGACUCUGCUUGAUGCUGAAACUGUAGCUCUUGAUGCCAAGAGAGAAUCAGCCUUUCUCAGAAGUGAAAAUCUAAAGGUGAAAGAAAAAAUGAAAGAACUUGCAAGUACAUGCAAGCAAAUGGAAAAUGAUAUUGAGUUAUAUCAAAGCCAGUUGGAGGCGAAAAAGAAAAUGCAAGUUGAUCUGGAGAAAGAAUUACAGUCUUCUUUUAAUGAAAUAACAAAACUCACCUCCCUUAUAGAUGGCAAAGUUCCAAAAGAUUUACUGUCUAAUAUGGAAUUGGAAAGGAAAAUUACCCAUCUCCAGAAAGCACUGAAUAAGGAAGUCGAAGAAAAUGAAGCUUUGCACAAAGAAGUUAAUUUGCUCUCAGAACUGAAAUCUUUACCUUCAGAAGUGGAAAUGCUAAGGAAGGAGAUACAUGAUAAAUCUGAAGAGCUCUGUAUAAUAACAUCGGAAAAAGAUAAAUUGUUUUCUGAAGUAGCUCAUAAGGAAAGUAGAAUUCAAGAUUUACUUGAAGAAAUUGGGAAAACUAAAAAUGACCUAGCAACUUCCCAGCUGAAUUAUGAAAGCACUGAUCAAGAAUUCCAAGAUGUUAAAAAUCAUCAUAUUGAAUUUGAGCAAAAGUAUAAGAUGGUCCUUGAAGAGAAUGCAAAAUUGAAACAGGAAAUCGGAAAUCUCUCUAAAGAAGCUCAAGAACUUGGUUUAAAUUUGGAUGCUUUGAAGACAGAGCUCUCUCACAAAACCCAAGAACUUCAGCAGAAAACAACUGAGAAUCAAAAAAGUUUAAAAGAAGUGGAAGAGCUGAAGGAACAAUUAGAAAGUAGAGAUUCUAGGCUGCACACUGUAGAAAAGGAGAAAACACUGCUUACCGAGAAACUUCAACAAACCUUAGUAGAAGUAAAAACCUUAACCCAAGAAAAGGAUGAUCAAAAACAACUCCAAGAGAGCCUGCAAAUUGAGAGGGACCAACUCAAAUGUGACAUUCAGGAUACAAUAAACAUGAAUAUAGACACCCAGGAACAACUACGAAAUGCUCUUGAGUCUUUGAAACAACACCAAGAAACGAUUAACACACUAAAAAUGAAAAUUUCUGAGGAAACUUCCAAGAAUUUGCAUAUAGAGGACAACUUAGGAGAAACUGAGGAUGAAUUUCAGGAGAAGAUGGUUGGCAUAGAUAAAAAACAAAAUUUGGAAGCCAAAAAAACCCAAGCACUGAUUGCAGAUGUUGAGGAUAAUGAGCUAAUUGAGCAACAGAGAAAGAUAUCUUCUUUAAUACAGGAGAAAAAUGAACUGCAACAAAUGUUAGAGAGUAUUACAGCAGAAAAGGAACAACUGAAGACUGACCUAAGGGAAAGCAUUGAAAUGACCAUUGAAAACCAGGAAGAAUUAAGAAUUCUUGGAAAUGAACUUAAAAAGCAACAAGAGAUAGUUGCACAAGAAAAGAGCCAUACCAUAAAGAAAGAAGAAGAGCUUUCUAGGACCUGUGAAAAACUGGCAGAAGUUGAAGAAAAGCUGAAGGAAAAGAGCCAACAACUCCAAGAAAAACAGCAACAACUUCUUAGUGUACAAGAAGAGAUGACUGAGAUUCAGAAAAAGAUGAAUGAAAUGGAAAAUUUAAAGAAUGAACUAAAGAACCAAGAAUUAACAUUGGAACAUAUAAAAAUUGAGAGGCUAGAGUUGGUUCAGAAACUUCAUGAAAAUUCUGAGGAAAUGAAAUUCAUAACCAAAGAAAGAAAUGAUCUAAAGGAAUUACAGGAGUCAUUUGAAAUAGAAAGAAAUAAGCUUAAAGGACACAUAAGAGAAAUUGAAGCUACAGGUCUAGAAACAAAAGAAGAACUAAAAGUGGCCCACAUGCUUCUAAAAGAGCACCAAGAAACUGUUGAAGAACUAAGAAGAAACAUUUGUGAGAAGACAGCUCAAAUAAUAAAUAUUCAGAAGAACUUAGAGAAAUCCAAUACUGAAUUGCAAGAAAAGGUCCCAGUGCUUCAUGAGGAACAGGAGCUACUUGCUAAUGUGAAAGAAGUCAGUGAUAUUCAGGAAACAAUGGAUGAACCAGAGCUAUUGAAAGAACAAUCCAAAACCAAGGAUUCAAAAACACUGGCAAGUGUAGAAAUGGAAAGUCUCAGGUUGACUGAAAAACUUCAAGAAAGUCACGAAGAAAUAAAAUCUCUCGCUAAGGAAAGAGACGAUCUUAAAAUGACAAAAGAAGCACUUCAGGUUGAAUGUGACCAACUGAAAGAAGAAAUUAGAGAAACUUUGACUAAAAUUCAAGCAUCUCAAGAGGAACAGUCCUUCCAUAUGAAAGAAAAAGACAAUGAGACCAAGAAAAUAAUGAGUGAGAUGGAGCAAUUGAAGGAGCAAUUCAAAGUCAAAGACUCAGCACUACUAAGACUAGAAAUGGAAAAGCUCGAGUGGUCUGAGAGACUUCAAGAAAGUCAUGAUGAAGUGAAAUCUAUAGCUAAGGAGAGAGAUGACCUACAGAGGCUACAAGAAGUUCUUCAAUCUGAAAGGAACCUACUCCAAGAAAACAUAAGAGAAAUGACAGCUAAACACCUAGAAACCAAAGAGGAACUUGAAGUUGCUCAUUGUCACCUAAAAGAACAGGAGGAAACUAUUGGUAAAUUGAGAGUGGAUCUUUCAGAGAGGGAAACUGAAAUAUCAAGCAUUCAACAGGAAUUAGAAACAACAAAUGAUGAAUUACAGAAAAAGACCCAAGAGCUUCAUGAGAAACAGAAACAAUUGAUUACCAUAAAAGAAAGCAGUGAAGCUCAGGAAAAAAUGGCUGAACUGGAACAGUUAAAGGAACAUCUCAAAGCCAAAGAUUCAUCACUACAAAGAAUAGAAAGCGAGAGGCUCAAGUUGACUGAGAAACUUCAGGCAAGUCAAGAAGAAAUAAAAACCAUAAUUAAGGAAAGAGAUGAUCUGGAAAGGGUGCAGGAAGUCCUUCAAAAGGAAAGAGACCAACUCAAAGAAAACAUUAAAGAAAUUGUAGCUGAAAUUCAAGAACUUCAAGAAGAAGAACAUCAACUUCUUAAGAUGAAAGAUGUCAGUGAGACUCAGGAAAAAAUAUGUGAAAUGGGAAACUUGAAGAAGCAACUUGAGGCCCAAAAGUCAACCCUGGAAAAUACAGAAUUGGAGAACAUAAGGUUAACUCAGAGACUCCAUGAAAAUCUUGAAGAAGUAAGAUCUGUUACAAAAGAAAGAGAUGACCUUAGGAGUGUGGAGGAGACUCUCAAAGUAGAGAUAGACCAGCUCAAGGAGAACCUAAGAGAAACCACAAUUAGAGACUUGGAAAAACAAGAGGAACUAAGAAGUGCCCAAAUGAAUCUGAAAGAGCACCAAGAAACCAUCGAUAAACUCAGAGGAAUUGUUUCAGAGAAGACAGACGAAAUAUCAAAUAUUCAAAAGGCUUUAGAAAACACAAAUACUGCCUUAAAAGCACAGGACCUUGGAAAACAAGAGGAACUAAGAAUUGCUCACGUGCAUCUGAAAGAUCACCAGGAAAUUAUUGAUAAACUCAGAAGGAUUGUUUGUGAGAAGACAGAAGAAAUAUCAAAUAUGCAAAUGGAUUUAGAAAAUUCAAAUGCUAAAUUACAAGAAAAGGUCCAAGAACUUAAAGCAAAUGAACAUCAACUUUUUAAGUUAAAAGAAGAGGUUAGUGAGACACAGAAAAAAAUAUGUGGCCUAGAGCGACUGAAGAAAGAAUUCAAGGCCCAAAGUUUAACUCUGGAUAAAAUAGAAAUGGAGAACUUAAAUUUGGCUCAGAAACUUCAUGAAAACCUUGAAGAAAUGAAAUCUGUAAUGAAAGAAAGAGAUAACCUAAGGAGAGUAGAAGAGACUCUGAAACUGGAGAGAGACCUACUCAAGGCAGACCUGCAAGAAGCCAUAGCUAGAGAUCUGGAAACACAAGAGCAACUAAAAAUUGCCCAUAUGCAUUUGAAAGAACACCAAGAAACUAUUGAUAAAUUCAGAGAGAAAGUUUCAGAAAAGACACCUCAGAUUUCAAAUAUUCAGAAGGAUUUAAAUAAAUCAAAAGACGAAUUACCGAGAAAGAUACCAGAACUUCAGAGAAAAGAGCUUCAACUUGUUAGAAUGGAAGAAGAUGUCAAUAAAACUCAUAAAAAAGUGAAUGAAAUGGAACAAUUGAAGAAGCAAUUUGACGCCCAAAAUUUAUCUGUGCAAAAUGUGGCAAUGGAUAACUUACACUUGACCAAGAAACUGUAUGAAAGCCUUGAAGAAAUAAGAAUUGUAGCUAAGGAAAGAGAUGAGCUAAAGAGAAUAAAAGAGUCUCUCAAAAUGGAAAGAGACCAAUUCAGAGAAACAUUGAGAGAAAUGAUAGCUAGAGAUCAACAGAACCACGGAGAGGUAGUAAAAUAUGAAAAAAAAUUACUGUGUGAUGGAAACCAACACCUUAUAGAAAGCCUGAGAGAAAAGUGCUUCAGGAUAAAAGAGCUUCUUAAGAGAUACUCAGAGAUGGAUAAUCAUUAUGAGUGCUUAAAUAGAUUGUCUCUUGACUUGAAGAAGGAAAUCGAAACACAAAAAGAGCUUUCAAUUAGAGUAAAAGCAAACCUCGCACUUCCAUGUCCACAAAGCAAGCAAAUUCAAAAACUUCUCACUGCAAACCAAAGAUGUUCCAUGGAAUUUCAUAGAGUCAUGAAGAAACUUCAGUAUGUGUUAAGCCAUGUUACAAAGAUAAAGGAAGAACAGCAUGAAUCCAUCAAUAAACUUGAAGUGGCUUUUAUUGAUGAAGUGGAAAAGCAAAAUGAACUGCUAAUUAAAAUACAGCACCUUCAACAAGAUUAUGAUUUACCGCCCAAAGAAUCAAGGGACCUCAAAUUGAGCCAGAGUAUGGAUCUGCAUAUUGAGGAAAUUCUCAAGGAUUUUUCAGAAAGUGAUUGCCAUAGCAUAGAGACUGAAUUUCAGCAAGUACUAAGUAAUAGAAAAGAAAUGACCCAGUUUUUGGAAGAGUGGUUGAAUGCUCAUUUUGAUAUAGAAAAGCUUAAAAAUGGCAUCCAGAAAGAAACUGAUAGUAUUUUUCAAGUGAAUAACUUCUAUAAUAACAAAAUAAUUGCUAUAAUGAAUGAAUCAACAGAAUUCGAAGAAAGAAAUGCCACCAUAGCCAAAGAAUGGGAACAUGAUCUGAAAUCAAUGAAAGAGAACAAUGAAAAACUGUUUAAAAACUACCAAACUUUGAAGAUCUCCCUGACCUCUGGUGCCCUUGUUAAUCCUACUACACAAGACAAUAAGAAUCUUCAUGUUAAAUCAAGAACUACACAACAAGCCACAGAGAAAACUCAAGAGCUGGAAACGUCACUCCAUGAAGCUAAAGAAAGCGCUAUGCAUGAGGAAGGCAAGAUUAUAAAGAUGCAGAAAGAACUUGAGAUGACUAAUGACAUAAUAGCAAAACUUCAAGGGCAAGUUAAUGAAUCAAAUGAUUGCCUUGAAAAAACAAAAGAAAUGAUCCAAAUACUUCAGGACAAAGUUGCUUUAGGAGCUAAGCCCUAUAAAGAAGAAAUUGAGGAGCUCAAAACGAAGCUGGUGAAAAUAGACCUAGAGAAGAUGAAAAACGCCAAGGAUUUUGAAAAGGAAAUCGCUUCGACAAAAGCCACUGUGGAAUAUCAAAAAGAAGUUAUAAGGCUAUUGAGAGAAAAUCUUAGAAGAAAUCAACAGGCCCAAGAUACCUCAAUGGUAUCAGAACAUGCUGAUCCUCAGCCUUCAAAUAAACCCUUCACCUGUGGAGGUGGCAGUGGCAUUGUACAAAGCACGAAAGCUCUUAUCCUGAAGAGUGAGUAUAUACGGCUGGAAAAGGAAGUUUCCAAGUUAAAGCAGCAAAAUGAACAGCUAAUAAAGCAAAAGAAUGAGCUGUUAAGCAAUAAUCAGCAUCUUUACAAUGAGGUCAAAACGUGGAAGGAGAGAACCCUUAAAAGAGAGGCUCACAAAGAAGUAACUUGUGAGAAUUCUCCAAAGUCUCCUAAAGUGACUGGAACAGCCUCUAAAAAGAGACAACAUAUGUCAUCUCAGUGCAAGGAAAGGAAUUUACAAGAUCCUGUGCCAAAGGAAUCGCCAAAGUCUUGGUUUUUUGAUAGCCGGUCAAAGUCUUUGCCAGUACCUUCUCCGGUUCACUAUUUUGAUAACUCAAGUUUAGGCCUUUGCCCAGUGGAACAAAUUGCUGGAGCAGAGACUGUGGAUCCCCAGCCAGGUCCUUGGCAUGCCUCCUCUGGAAAAGAUGUGCCCGAGUGCAAGACUCAGUAGAUUACUCUCUGUCACUUUUCUGGGGGCCCAGCGUUCCAUGUUUGGAAAUGCCUGCGUUUAUCCCUGGCAAUGAUGUCACAGUCCAACUUAAUUUCAGUUCAGUUUUCACUUUGCCGGUAGAAUUGGAAGGUGAAGGAACGGGAUUCAUUCCCGUUAUUUAGAAUGGUGAUAGCAAUACCUUCUUCGUGAAUGUGGUAAUCCUUUAGAAGUUGAAUAGUUUUAUUUAUUUAUAUGUUUUGUA